CGGCAGCGCCGCGCAGUGCCAAGCCGCGGCCGGGGCCGCCGGGGCCGGGGCCGGCGGGGCCGGGGCCGGGGCCGCGAUGGCGCUGGAGCGGGCGCUGCUGGCGGCGCGGCAGGGCGACGUGGAGGCGCUGCGGGGGCUGCGGGCGGCCGGGCUGCUGCGGCCGGGGCUGCGGGACGCCCUGGGAGCCUCCCCCGCGCACCACGCCGCCCGCGCCGGCCGCCUCGCCUGCCUCCGGUACCUGGCGGCAGAGACCGCGCUCCGCGGGGACGCGCGGGCGCGCAACGGGGCCACCCCGGCUCACGACGCCGCCGCCACCGGCAACCUCGCCUGUCUCCAGUGGCUGCUCACGCAGGGCGGCUGCGGCGUGCAGGACACAGACAACUCCGGUGCCACCAUCCUACACCUAGCAGCCCGCUUUGGUCACCACGAGGUGAUUGACUGGCUCCUCCGCUUCGGGGGCAGCGACCCUACGGCGGCCACUGACACGGGAGCGCUGCCCGUCCACUAUGCCGCGGCCAAAGGAGAUUUCCCUUCCCUGCGACUCCUCUUGGGACACUGCCCAAGCACGCUGAGUGCCCAGACCAAGACGGGGGCCACCCCGCUGUACCUCGCCUGCCAGGAGGGCCACCUAGAGAUCAUCCAGUACCUGGUGCAGGACUGCGGUGCUGACCCCCACGCACGCGCCCACGACGGCAUGACCCCGCUGCACGCCGCCGCCCAGAUGGGCCACAACACCGUCAUCGUCUGGCUGAUGAGCUUCACGACGGUGAGCCUGUCAGAGCGGGAUGCCGAGGGGGCCACUGCCAUGCACUUCGCCGCCAGCCGCGGCCACUCCAAAGUGCUGAGCUGGCUGCUGCUGCACGGCGGCGAGAUCACCACUGACAACUGGGGCGGCACGCCGCUGCACGACGCUGCCGAGAACGGCGAGCUGGAGUGCUGCCAGAUCCUGGUGGUGAACGGCGCCGACCUUAGCGUCCGCGACGAGGACGGCUACACGGCGGCUGACCUGGCGGACUACAACGGCCACAGCCACUGUGCCCAGUACCUGCGCACUGUGGAGAACAUGAGCGUGGAGCACCGCGUGCUGUCGCGAGACCCCUCGGCGGAUGGGGAAUGCCGCCAGCCGGACUCGGGCAUGUCAUCACCCAACACCACGGCGUCGGUGCCGCAGGCGCGCUUCGAGGUGGGCUCCCCCACCAGCACCCUCUCCAACUACGACUCCUGCCACUCCAGCCAGUCCAGCACCGGCGACAAGAGGGGCGGCCCCGCGGGGGCCCCCACCGCCCGAGUGCCCGAGCCGGCGCUGGCGGACAUGCAGGCGUACAUGGACAUGCUGGACCCCGAGACGCGGCCGCGGGGCCGGGGGUCAGGGGGCGAGGGUCCCCCCCCGCCACCGCCCCCCACCUUCCCACCGCCACCACCCCCACCCCCCAGCACUCGGCCGCCCCCGCCACCCCCAGGCUACCCCGCGCCCGCGCCCCCCGCUGCCCCCCACACCGCCGACAUCUACGUGCGCGCCAAGAACAACCUGCGGCACGUGGAGAGCCAGGCGCUGCGCCGAGAGCUGGCAUCGCGGGAGAGCAGCCCCGAAGGCCUGCGCCGGGCUGACUCCACCAGAAGGUCAAGGAAUUUCGGCAAGCAGCCGAGCACCGGUGACUACUACAAGCACCUGGGGCACGGCACGGCCGAGCAGCCUGGUCCGUGGCGGAUGGCGCACAGCGAGGAGGCUUCGCCCAUCUCAACGGACACCAUGCGCAACGGCGAGAGCAAGAGUGGCUCCGAGCUGCCGCCGCCGCCACCGCCACCACCACUGCCCGAUGCUGCCUGCCCACCACCCCCACCACCACCGCCGCCAGCCGAGAACCCCGCCGGCCCCCGCCGCUCGUCCUCCUCCACGGGAAAAGGAAAGGCGCUCAGGCAGAUGAAGAGCACCAAAUCCUUCAACAUGAUGUCCCCCACCGGUGACAACUCGGAGCUGCUGGCUGAGAUCAAGGCUGGCAAGAGCCUCAAGCCGACGCCGCAGAGCAAAGGCUUCACCACCAUCUUCUCCGGCAGCGGCCAGGCAGGGGCCAAUGCAGAGUCGCCGGUGUCCUCCCCGUCACCCACCAGGACGCCCACCCCACCGGCCACCCCGGAGGCUACGGGGCCACCGCGCUGCCUGGCAGGGGGCUCGCCGGAGCCGGUGCUGAACGGGAGCUCACCGGUCCCGGCAGCAGGCGCUGGGGCGGCGGUGGAUGCGGAGGCGCUGGUUCCGAGCCACGACGAGCAGGGGCGGCCCAUUCCAGAGUGGAAGCGGCAGGUGAUGGUGCGCAAGCUGCAGCUCCGCAUGCAGGAGGAAGAGGAGCAGCGGCGCAAGCCCGGGAGCCGCUCGUCCCCCCCGUGCCAGCGCAGGUCACCCACCUGCGAGGACGCGCCGGGGCACACCGGGCAGCCGCUGUGGGACGAGCUGUGGUACCUAGAGAAGCAGCUGGGGAGCCUGCGGGUGAUGCACGAGGGGCAGCCGUGGUGGCCGGAGGAGGAGCUGCCCGCCGCCCUGGCACCCCAGCGCUUCGCCCUGGCCCACGAGGACCUUCCCGCGCGUGGCACCCAGUGCCCCACGCUGCCAUGGAGCGCGGCUGCGCCGCCGGCCACCCCAGGCGGCCGCGAGGGCUCUGAGCUAUGGGGAGCGGUGGGCGGCUCUGGCGCCCGGCACGAUGCCCAGCGCGAGAUCCUGGGCUGCGGCGUCUCCGUCCGCAGUCUCAAGGCCAACUACGAGGGGCCGGGGGAGCUCCCCGUGCCCCUUCCCGGCGUCACCAAGCGCAAGCGAGCGCCGCAGCCCGGCAGCACCCGCCGGCCCGUCCUGGAGGAGGAGUAUGGGGACGGGGCACCGCGACGGUGCCGGCCGGCACCGCCAGAGCCAAGUGGCCCCAAGGAGCGUGCCGAGGCACGGAAGGAGCGCGUUGUCUUCCUCUUCCUGGAGUACUGGAAGAAGCGGGCGGUGGCGGCGUCCACUGGGGAGGAGCGGCCGCGGCGUCCCGGGAGGCGGCGGUUGGCAGCGGGGCGGCUGCUGGCCCGCUGGAGGAGCAUCGCCUGCCGAGUGCCAGGGCGGCAGAUCCGGCGGCUGAGCCGCGCCACGGCGCUGUACUGGCCCCAGCACUUCCUGCCGCACGUCGGCGGCUCGCCCGUGCCCCACGACAGCCUCCCGCUCGACCUCUUCAUGCUGGGCUACUUCCAGCUGCUGGAGAUGCCGCUCAGCCCCGAAGAGCGGCGCUUCCGCCACCUCCUCUGCUACGAGAUGUUCGACCGCCUCGGCAGCCACAGCUGGCACCGCGUCCGCCGCUUCCACCGCACCGUGCUGGAGCAGGUCGAGGCCGGCCACCGCUGCUGGCUCGACGGCUUUGACGACCUCGCGGCGGCGUUUUUUGAGGGCAGCCCCACCACGGUGGCCGAGAGCCCCCCAGAGCCCCCCGGCACAGCCCCACGAGGGGAUGGGGUACCGGUGCCAGUGCCGGAGCUCGGCGAGUUCAGCGAGGAGGAUGUCUGCCGCUUCAUCGACCGCAGUUUUUCCUUCUGGAAGGAGAAGGAGGCGGAGAUGUCGGACACCUGACGCCGGCGGAACGCUGCGGCUGUGCCAGCGGUGUGGCGUGGGGCCAGCCGGGAGCAGGCAGUGGUGUCAGCAGGACCCGGGUGUGCUCAGCCACCUCGGUGGCUCUGGCAGUGCCGCGGUCAGGCAGAGGGCUCGGUGCCGGUUCGCGUGGCCUCGGGCCGAGGUUGCAGUGUGCCGCUUGCCGUGGCUGUGUGUUGUGCGGGGGGGCGCAGCGCCGGGGCUGCGCUCCCCUCUCUGGCGUGGCGUGUGCGGUGCCAGGGCGGUGUGGGGCCCCGCGUGUCAGUGCAAUAAAGCUGUGGUGUGCGAAGGGCUGACCGCGCCGCGCACUCCUUCCUCCUCCCCACGCCGGCGGCGCGCUGCGGGGAAGGCUACACCAGCCAAGCGCCGUGCCACGAGCGCGGCUCAGCCGGGCUGCCAGCGGCAUGCGGGGCCACGUGCCGGGGUGAUGCCCCACGGAGAGGGUGGUGGUGCCGGUAACACCGGUGUCUG